CACAUGCUUUCUAUUCUCACCACCAUCCAUUGAGUUGAUCAUAACCAACUAGCAAAACAACAUGGGAAUGAAGAACCUCUUCUGUGUUGCUCUGUUUUCCCUUGCUCUGUUUCUCAGUGUUGCAGAGAGCUUUGAUUACCAUGAGAAAGAUUUGGCCUCCGAGGAAGGCUUGUGGGAUUUGUAUGAAAGAUGGAGAAGCCACCACACGGUUUCUCGAAGCCUCGACGAGAAGCACAAGCGCUUCAAUGUGUUCAAAGCCAAUGUGAUGCAUGUCCAUGAAACCAACAAAUUGGACAAGCCUUACAAGCUCAAGUUGAACAAGUUUGCUGACUUGACCAACUAUGAAUUCAAAAGCAUCUAUGCUUCCUCAAAGAUUGAUCAUCACAGAAUGUUCCAUGGAAUUCCACGAGGGAAUGGAAGCUUCAUGUAUGAGAAUGUUGAUAGUGUUCCCAUUUCCAAAGAUUGGAGGACGAGUGGUGCUGUCACUCCGGUAAAGGAUCAAGGCCAAUGUGGUAGUUGCUGGGCGUUUUCAGCUAUUGCAGCUGUUGAAGGUAUUAACCAAAUCAGGACACAUCAUCUAGUGUCCUUGUCAGAGCAAGAGCUUGUAGAUUGUGACGUUGAAGUGAAUGAAGGAUGCAAUGGUGGGUUCAUGGCGAAGGCAUUGGAGUUCAUCAAGGAAAAAGGCAUAACAUCAGAAAGUAUUUACCCUUAUACAGCAACAGAUGGAACCUGUAAUACCCAAAAGAUGGUGAAUGAACCAGCAGUGUCAAUUGAUGGCUAUGAGAUUGUUCCAGAGAACAAUGAGGUUGCAUUACUCAAAGCUGCUGCAAACCAACCUAUAUCUGUAGGCAUUGAUGCUGGGGGAUCUGAUUUCCAGUUCUACUCUGAGGGAGUAUUUACUGGAGACUGUGGCACUGAACUGGAUCAUGGAGUAGCAAUUGUGGGGUAUGGAGCAGCACAAGAUGGAACAAAAUACUGGAUAGUGAAGAACUCGUGGGGAGCCGAUUGGGGAGAACAAGGUUACAUUCGAAUGAAAAGGGGAAUAUCUAAGAAGCAAGGUCUAUGCGGCAUAGCGAUGGAGGCUUCUUAUCCAAUCAAAAGUUCACCAACUCUUAAAGACGAACUUUAAAUGCUUCCAUGAGAGUGGGACUAAGCUUGAUCAACAGUUAUGGUUAUGUUCCUGUUAGAUGCAGGAACUAAUAAUAUUUGCAUCUCAUAUUCGAUGCCUAAAGUAUCUACUAUCUACUACAAGUCAUGAUUUCUUGAUCAAUUUGUUUGUCAAGAAAUAUAUCAAGCAGAAUCUUGAUCAAUAUGUGUGGUUCCAUUAUUCCUGCAAUAUGUCAUGAUUUCUAGUAAAAGAAUUAAAAUAAAUGAUUUGCUUCUUGAGCCUUUCA